AAGAUGGCGCUGCGGAGUCGCUGAGUGUGAGUGAAGGGGACACCCGGGGACCGGCAGGGCGGAGAAAAGGGCGAGAGAUUCCAAGAAUUAGAGAGAACGUCCUCCUUAUUAACCAGCACCGCCGGCGGAGUUGGAUUAGUAUGCUCUCGGGACAUGGGCGAGAAGCUGGAACUAAGGCUGAAGUCCCCAGUGGGAGCCGAGCCUGCUGUCUACCCUUGGCCGCUGCCUGUUUACGAUAAGCACCAUGAUGCUGCACAUGAAAUUAUUGAAACCAUCAGAUGGGUCUGUGAAGAAAUUCCAGAUCUCAAGCUUGCAAUGGAGAACUAUGUUCUGAUUGACUAUGACACAAAGUGCUUUGAGAGCAUGCAGCGGCUGUGUGAGAAGUAUAACAGAGCCAUUGACAGCAUCCAUCAGCUGUGGAAAGGCACUACUCACCCUAUGAAGUUAAAAACUCGUCCGUCUACUGGUCUCCUUCGCCACAUUUUGCAGCAGGUCUACAACCACUCUGUAACAGACCCUGAAAAACUCAACAAUUAUGAGCCGUUUUCUCCUGAGGUGUAUGGAGAAACCUCCUUUGAUUUGGUUGCCCAGAUGAUUGAUGAAAUUAAGAUGACUGAAGAUGAUCUCUUUGUAGACCUUGGGAGUGGUGUUGGGCAGGUUGUUUUGCAGGUUGCUGCAGCCACAGGAUGCAAGCACCAUUUUGGUGUGGAAAAAGCAGACAUCCCAGCCAAGUACGCAGAGUCAAUGGACAAAGAGUUCAGGAAAUGGAUGAAAUGGUAUGGAAAGAAGCAUUCAGAAUACACACUGGAGCGUGGAGACUUCCUCUCAGAGGAGUGGAGGGAAAGAAUAGCUAACACAAGUGUUAUUUUUGUGAAUAAUUUUGCCUUUGGUCCUGAGGUUGACCACCAGCUAAAGGAGAGAUUCGCCAACAUGAAGGAAGGUGGCAGAAUCGUAUCCUCCAAACCCUUUGCACCGCUGAAUUUCAGAAUAAACAGCCGAAACUUGAGUGAUAUUGGCACUAUUAUGAGAGUUGUGGAGUUAUCACCUCUUAAAGGAUCUGUAUCCUGGACUGGAAAGCCUGUUUCUUAUUACCUGCACACUAUAGACCGUACCUUACUUGAAAAUUAUUUUUCUAGUUUGAAAAAUCCUAAACUCAGGGAGGAGCAGGAAGCAGCGAGAAGAAGACAACAGAAAGAAGGAAAGAGCAAUACAACAACUCCUACAAAAGCUCAAGAGACCAAGGAUUCUGCUGCAGAGGAGGAAAAGUCUGCCUCAGUCAAGAAGGCUUCUCCAGCCAAAGCCCGAAGAAAGCUUAGCAAGAAGGGCAGGAAAAUGGCAGGUCGCAAGCGGGGACGUCCUAAAAAGUUGCUUACAACCGCAACUGACCGAAAGUGCUCUAAAUCACAGACUGCACUGGAAACCCUCCAUCCACAAAAUGUACCUGUUCCUCAGUCCCCAAUAAAAUCAGCCCCUCAGGAUUCAUACAAGACACCUCAUAGUCCCUAUUAUCAGCUACCUCCAAAAGUGCAACGUCAGCCUUCCAAUCAGCUUCUGUCAUCUCCUACCCCUCCAGCCCUACAGAAAUUGCUUGAUUCAUUUAGGAUCCAGUAUUUACAGCUUAUGUCUUACAUGAAAACACCCAAUUACAAGGCUGGUCUGCAGCAACUGCUGGAGCAGGAAAAGGAGAAGAAUUCACACCUACUUGGUGCUGCCCAACAGCUGCUCACACAUUGUCAAGCUCAGAAAGAAGAAAUAAAGAAACUGUUUCAACAGAAACUGGAUGAGCUGGGUGUAAAGGCCCUCACUUACAGCGACCUCAUUCAAGCCCAGAAAGAGAUUUUUGCUCACAACCAGCAGUUAAAGGAGCAAAGCCGACAGUUAGAGGAGGAGAAUGGAGCAUUAAGAAACCACAGCUUGCAGUUGCUGCAGGCACGUUGCGAAGAACUGAAAUUGGACUGGAAUACACUGUCUUUGGAAAAUCUGAUGAAGGAGAAGUUGGCCCUAAAGAAUCAAAUAUCUGAAAAGCAGAAGCACUGCUUGGAGCUGCAAAUCAGCAUUGUAGAAUUAGAAAAGUUUCAGAGACAGCAAGAGCUUCUCCAGCUCAAGUCUUCCACCAUGCCAGAAGACCCUCCGCCUAGCCAUAGUCGCUCCAAAGGUAGCUUUGGCAACAACUUCCAGGCUGAACCAACUUCAGUGCGCAUGAUGCCUCCUCCAACUUCUCACACAAAUGGUCUGAGUCCUGAACUGUCCAUGAAUGGUCAUGCGUCUCAUUACGAGCUGUACCAUUCCUGUCGAGGGGGAAGCAGGCCCUGCUCCAAGGAGAGUACGCCAUCUCACUCAGACCAUGCUGACAUUGUUUCCAGUACCCAAACCCAUGCAUUCAAGCACAGAGGAGAGAAAACAUUUGGUCCAACCCAACCAGACUACACACGCUACUCCCCUGCCAAAAUUGCAAUGAGACGGCAUUUGAACCAGGAACCCUUGUCUAAUGGUAGAAGCAUUGAAAUAAAUCAUAGGUGUAAUGUUACAAAAGAAAGUGGCCUCCCGUCCAUAAGCCCUGGUAUUCCAAAUGGUGUCCAGUUUAGCCCUCAGGAAUCGUACCCUUCUUCCCCUGAUUUAAUCCAAACACCAGGGGAGAGGGGACCUGAUAAGAUGUUUCGGGAGCGGACUUCUCCUUCUAAUCCAGAAACCAUCACCAGUCUGCCUAUUAGUAUUCCCCUGAGCACAGUCCAGCCUAACAAGCUGCCAGUCAGUAUUCCACUGGCCAGUGUAAUCCUGCCGAGCCGUGUGGAGAAGAGGAACACCCCCAGUCCUGGAAGUCAUAGCAGAGAUGGUUCAUUCUCAGAGAAUCAAUUUGGUGCUACUAAUAGCCUCAGUUAUGCAGCUGUUUCAAAACCAUUGGCUACCUCAGGUUUCUUCUAUCCAACCAUGUCAUCUUCUAUAAAUGGGCCAGUUUUGAAUAGCCAUGGGUCAGAGACGGACGGAAUGGACGACUCUUCAAAUUCUGGCACAUUGUCUAAUUCAGGAGGAUCGCGGAGCUCCACCCCUUCCUACAGUCACCUGAUCUCUCAGCGCUCCCCUGCCCAACAUUCCACAUCUGCUAGUCCAUGCACAUUUCCAGAUCCAAGUAAAGGUUCUGGUGAAGGGGAUAUUGACACAAGUGAUGCUGAAAUGGAAGCCAAGCGACGGAUUAUCUUCACCAUUACCAGUGGAAGCUCCAAUGGCAGGUCACCAUCAAACAAACACAGCCCUUUAACUGCCACAAUCCGCAUGGAGUGUGGCACAGGGCAGGAUUCCAAAAGGAGAAGCAGUAGGCGAAAAAGAUCUUCUAAUGGCAGUCACAAUUCAGCAAUAUCACCUAAACGCAGAUCUCUUCCCACAUCCCUUGGUCUGAGCAGUUAUACUUCAGGAUCUCCAUUGAAUAUCAACUCAAUGGUGAGUAACAUUAACCAGCCCUUGGAGAUUACUGCAAUCUCUUCACCAGAAGCCUCUAUAAAGAGUUCCCCUGCUUCCUAUCAGGAUCAUGAUUUGCCCCCAGUUUUAAAGAAAGAAAAACCCCUUCCUGUAUCUAAUGGUGUCCACUACUCACCCUUAACAACAGAGGAUGAGGCAGAGUCCGAGGAUGACACCCAGAGUGCAAGAACACAGCGAAAAAAUUCCAGCAUGUGCUUUGAAAGCAAAGACUCCCCCCAGAGAAGUGAAGGGGAAAGAGGUGUCCCAUACUCUAGCAAGAAGUCUUCCUGUGAGAGUGUAGGAAAGUGGAAAGCAACAUUCUCCCCAAUUUCUGAUGCAACUCCCAGUCGUGCCUCUGACAGUCCUUCCUCACCUCUCCGACAGAACACACAUUAUUCCUCUGGAGAGGGAGGCCGCAGAGGAUCAGGCGGUUUGAGUCCUGGUUCUGCAAAUGGCCUCGGUGACCAUCCCUGGGUAGAAGGGGGCAAAGGAGAGUGCAACCUUUUCUUAAGUAAAAAGAUUUCUUCUGAAGGUAGCAAAAGGGAAGACCGGGGGUCUGCAGCAAAAUUGGACCGUUCCAGCAGUAAAGUCCCCCGAAGCCGUGAAAGGGAUGGGGGCGCCUUAUUCAUGACACAAGGCGCCGGCGCUCUCUUGAAUGGCAAGGGACCUGGCCCAAAUCCUCUACACCCACACCAUCACUUUUUGAGCAGCUUAGCAGCUGGCUCUCAGCUUGCUUUGCAAGGUGGACUUAACUCUGUUGCUAGCAAUUCAGUUCUGCAGUCCAUCUUCAGUUCCAUCCCUGUACAUGUGACUGGACCAGCUGGACGAUUGUCUAACUCUCACAGCAUGUCUGGUUUCACAGUUCCUGGAGGUACUGUAGGAGGUAUUUGAAAUAUCUACCUCACUUCAAAUCACCUAUGCAAAGGCAGCCCUGCUAAAUUUGGUCUUUUUCAAUUUUCAUCACCUUUUGACCAUAUGGUGCUCAACACAAUUUUUGGGGAUGGGAAGGAAUUACUCCUCCCAAACCCGCCAUCGUAGCGACCACUGGUUAAACCUACAAUCUUUGUAUCUGUCUCUGCCGCGAAAAGACUCACCAAGGUUCCACUGUGAAUUUAAAAAAAAAAAAAAAAAAAAAGAGCGGCGAUUGGGGAAAUCUCAUAAUUAUUUUUUUAUUUAUAAAAGUUCUUUGUUCACUUGUUCUUUUCUUUCAUUUUUUUGUGGGAAUAUAUAUAUAUUUUUUCCUUAAAUGGAGGACGCAGCUCUACGGACGAGCAGAAAAGUGAAGACAGUAUAUGGAUUUUGGGUUUAUAUGGGUGAUCGGGCAGGAUUUGGGGUCCUGUCACCACUCAAAGCAGAUUCAACUGGUGCUACGCAUACAAGAUUGUGCCUCGCUAAACUGGUGCUGUUAUGUUGCGGUGCUCUUUAAACAGUACACACUGGGACCCUGGAUCCAUUGUGUCAAGAAUAUAUGUGCUUAAUUUAUUAAUGACUCCUGACCCUAUAAUAACCAAAGUACAUUUUGUUUUGUUGUUAUGAGACUGACAGAUUUUCUGUUCGCUCGGGAAUUGACCUCUCCUCCUCUUCUUCUUUUUUUUUUCUGUGUUUUUUUUAGUUUAUCUUGUUUUUCAUGAGAUGAAAUGGCAGCUAAUUAAUUGUGUGUGUCUUUCUGGAACAGCAGGUAUGGUUCUGCCAUAGAAUUUUGUGGCAGGUUAUUAAGGCACAGUGAUAACAUUUAAACUGGGACAUAGUUUUAGUUCAUUAAUAUGUGGCCCUCACCCAGCACACUUGCGUUAAACUUUACCGUCUGAUUUCUUACACCUCUUUUAGCUACUUGAUUCCUUUUAAUAUAUAAUUUAAUCUGUGUAAUACACACAAGCAUAUGUAUGUGUGUAGCUGGUGCACUUGUGCGUGUAUAGGAUAUUUGUGUAUAGGUACAUAUAUUUAUAUGUAUAUAAGAAAUCUCACAAACACAUAUCUAUAUAUACUUUGUGCAUAGAAAUCCAUCCCCUCCAACAUUACAGGUUCCAAGAAAACCUGAAAUCCAUACAUAGAAACAUCAAGCAGUAGUAGCCAUUAGAUCUAGUUUCUGCUUGAAGAAUGUCGUUCAGGUCUCUGGUGCAAAGCAAAUUAUUGAUGGCAGCAAAAGCUAACUUGGGAACAAGAGCUUUAUGCUCGUGUUCUGUUUUUUAACAUAGCAAUUCAGUAUUCCCCCUGAAAUAGAGUCAUCCUUUCUCUCUCUAAGACAUCACCUGCUUCAGCCCUAUAGAAGAAGCCCUAAGCUUAAAAUUAUUUUUACUUCUGGAAACAGUUAGGGAUUCUGAUGGUGCUAAAGGUCCAUUGUGUCCUCGUUUUUCUUGUAGAAUUGUUGUUACUACAAGAGAUUACCUAUUCUGACAUAGCUUUAUCAACACUCUUUGGACAGGCUAUGUAGGAGCCUAAGGAGUUGUUCCUUUUCUGGAGAGUUAUUGUUCUGGCUUGGUUUUGCUUAUCAUGUGGCACUGGAUAUUUAUAGUGGGAUCAGUAGAGGAGACCUGUGGGAGUGGAUAUAAAGAAAGCUUGUGACCAGUUUGCUAGUGAAGCCAUGACUAAAUGGGCAACCCUAAAUCAUCAUAAUCAUAUAUUUAUGUAGCACUAGCAAGCUAAACAGUGCUUUAAAACAGGAGCCUUACAAUAAAUAUGAAUAAUAAUAACAGAAUAUAAAUGUUAUGAGGGCCCUGCUCAUGAGCGCUUACAAUCCACUGGCCCUGGACACUAUUUAUGGCCAGCAUUACAGUAAAUUGAGAGGGGCUUUGGGUUUCAUCUAAGAUGCAAUUGAGUCACAUGAUGGUCACUUGAAACUGACCCCCUUGCUGCCAUACAUGCCUAGUUAGUUAUGGUUGGAGUAAAGGUAUAGUCAAAAUUGGCCAGCCAAAUCUGGACAUGUCUCGCAGCUAAAGGGCAAAGACACAGGUGAUGAUUUUGGGCUUAGGUGCUGGUACUACAUUACCCAAGAUCACCCCCUCCUCCAUUGCCUGAUUUGGGACAUUUCCAAGCAAAAUCUCAUGGAAAGUUAUUAGAGGAGCAUUUUAAGAUGAUUUCUAUAUAAGGCAUUGGUAAUCAAUUUGGCACCACCUAUCAAGAUCAAGAGAUCACAAUUGUAUCACUGUGCUAAAACCACAAACCAAGCCAUGUAGGAAAAAUGAAAAUGCAUUUUUCAGCUCCUAAUUAUAUCUAGCGUUUAUCAAACAAGUCCUUAGGGGAAAAAUGAUAAUCUAAAUAUAAUGGCAUUGGUAUGACUAUUUUAUAUAGGAGUGCUUGUAAAUGCUGCAGUGACAUUGUGGCAGCUGCAAGCCAUAAUCCAAUUAAAGGGAAGGUCUUUUUCACUGGGCCAUAAAUUGCCAAAAUGCAUCAUACAGAUAUUUCUAGUUCGUAAACAGUACUAACCUUUAAUCCAACUGGAUUUAAAGAAAAAAAUAAUGUUAUAUAUAUAUAUAUAUAUAAAUCGGGCUAGUUCAGCCCCCAAUAGCACCCUAAUAAACUCAGACUGGGCUUUAAAUAGUAUCUAGAACAAGGCAAAGCACUGCUCCACACUAUUAUUGCUCAUAAGCUUUAGCUGUAUCCGUUCAGAAGUCAUUUGUUCUUUACCAGCGGUUCCUUUCCAAAUCUCUUCUUAUAAGAACAAGAAGUCCUGUCUAAUUCUAACUUUGUAUCUGCACCCAACUGACACUUCAGCGUAGAACUUCUCAUAGACCAUUCAGUGUAGGAAUUGCCCCAAUCGGCUCACAGAUACUUUCAGCAUUCCAAAUGCAAUGUUGAUCCAAUGGACAUGUGGUGCUGAACUGCCUUAAUAACCCACUUAGGGCAACAGAAAGCAGCUGAUCCCUGGCUUUGCGAGAGUGCUUUCAAUACGGAAUCUAAAGGUGCUUGGCAGUUUGUAUAAUAGAAUCCAAUUUAAUCUAUUUUUUUUCCUUUAUCUUCGCUAAAGUAACGUUUGUAAAGAACAUCCCAGUAAAUUCCUUUAUUUAGUAAUUAUUUUGAUACUUGAGUAUGCUCUUUGUAAAAAAAAAAAAGAAAAGAAAAAGUUGUUCCCCUUUUCUUUUUUCUCCCAUACUUUCUGCAAUCACAUUUGUAAAUCUUCAGCGGACUUUCUUUUUCCGAUGGAAAUUUGAACACUGAAAUUUCUCUUGAAUUACCGAAUUCCUGUUUUUGUUUUUAGUGAAUCUUUCAAAACUUGCCUGUGUUUUUAACUUUUUUAGAGGGGUCUGUACAGAAAACGUGUUGGAAAAAUGAAAUCUUGCUUAAAUUUCAUACUAAUAAUAAUGAAUGUUUCAAAAGGAAGAUGGUAUACAGCCGUGAUACCUUUUUAAAAAGGCCUGAGGUCAAAAAGGCUGUCGAAUAACCCUCUUGGAUUAGGCAUUUGCAAAUCCAGUCAAAUAUUUAUCUAAAGCAGUUGAAAUGUUUGAAUCUCGCAAACCCCCUUGUUAAUAUCAAUAAACUUUUUUAUGAUCUGUAA